UGAUAUGUAACGGCUUUGGGACACACGAGACCCUUGAAAUUCUGGAGUUUUGUUUUGAAAAUAAUAUUAUUCUAUGUCGCCUGCCCUCUCACAUCUCGCACAAGCUCCAGCCUUGCAAUAUUGGGGUUUUUGCACCCUUAAAGGCUAUGUAUCGUAACGAAGUUGAAUGACUAUUCCGAGGAGGUAUAAAUACAGUCGGUAAGGAGCAUUUCACCCUUCUAUAUAGCCCUGCAAUGGACAAGGCGUUUUCGAAGAGAAAUAUCACCAGCGCCUGGGCUAUAACUGGUUUGUUUCCGCUCAACCGAGAUAGAGUUCUUAGACGUAUACCGAAGCCUCCUGCUCAACUGAUUAUGCCGGGACCGGAGGAGAUAAGGACGGAUUCUGGUCUGCUAGACGAAGUACCACAAACGCCUAUAACGCCAGUUUCAGCAGAGGCUUUUAUGUCGUUGCAUAAUAUGAUCCAAUAGGAUACUUCUACACUUGACAAGACAAGCACACUUCGACUCCAGAGGCGUAUACAGAAGCUUGCCAAUGCCGGCCAGAAAGCUAUAGCCUACUGUGCCCUCCUCGAUCAUGAAAAGCAGCUAUUAAAGAAAAUAAACAGCGAAGCCAAAGUUCGAAGAUCGACCAAGUCAAUUGUACUUGGGAAGGGCCAGGGGAAGGUAAUGAGCUUUGAGGAUAUCGUAGCAGCACGAGCCGCGCGUGCUGCGAGAGAUGUCGUUAAAGGCAAGGGAAAACGUGGCCGGAAGCGUAAGAAGCCGGAAAUGGUGCGUGCUGCGAAAAAAGUCAGAAAGAGCACAGGGAGACGUGCUCCGAAGCGAACGAGUAUUGCAGAGGCAGACCUGCCAGAACCA